CCGAAUAUAUCUCUGAACCGACAAAUCAUAUAGAACACCAAUUAGGUCCGGUUUACUCAGAAGCUUUUUCGGUGGUGAUCGAUCGAUUCAAAUCGCCACGCCCAACCACAAUUUUUCUUGCCUUCGAGUCUUCGAGAAAUCUCCAGACUCUGCAAAGCUUUGAUUCCUCAGAGAUUUAGGAUGGAUCUAGAAACUGAGAAUCGAAUAGCUUCAGUUCUAUUAAGAGAAGCAGCAGAAUUGAGAAGACAAGCUGAGAAAGAUGGUGUUAGAGCAUAUCUUGAGAAACCUAAUGUAAGGAUUCGACCUAACUCUAGGUUUCUCAAAGCCACUGUUCUUAGUGUUCAGCAAUCAAACAAAGCGGUAGAAACCAGUGAAAUGUGGAGGGCUCGGAAGAAAGAGAUUGAGCUAGAAGAUGAAAGACUCAAGAGGAAAAAUAGAGAGGAAAGCAGUAGUAGUAGCCAAAUGAAGCAGAAUGGUAGUUUCUUGAAAAGGAGUCUGGAUAAGAGAUGCAGCUCGGUUGAUGAGAAAAAGGUUACGUGUACAUCAUCAAACAAGAGAUGGUAUUCAGAAGAUGAUGAAGGCUUACGAGAUGAUGAAACAGAGACUUCUCUCCAACCACGGAAAAAACGUGGUAGAGGCUCUAUCGGUGCUAUGAUGGACGAAACAGGCCCUUAUCUUCCCGUCGAGGAAGGACAGUUGGAAAGUUCCGAUACAGUAGAACGGAAGGUAGUUCUUGGCCCAGUGAGACCACCUUCACUGAGACAUGACUCAGAUAUUGAGCAUAGUCGGAGGAUAAGAAAUGAGUAUACGAAGAAGCAUAGUAAAAAGGACAAGAAGAAAGAAAAGAAGAGAAAACGAGACAGACACUAGAAAUAUAUUUUUGCAUGAUAGUGAUGUUCCUUUAGGAUAUUAAAACACAGUUCAUUUGUUACAAUUUGCACAAUACUGUAUUAUAUAAAAACUGAAAUUCUAUUUCCUCUUAUUAUUUGGAAGAUA